AUGACUGGAAAGGAUAACAAUGACUCUCGAGGUCCACCUCCAACAGGUUUACCUGCUGUGGAAAAGCUUCCUGCUGGACUCCAAAAGCUUGUGGACAAAGCAGACAAGGACGAGAACUUCUAUGAUGAGCUCUACGACGGAUAUGCUCCUCAAACCACCGACAGCAAUAUUCGAUACGCGGCAUAUGCUUCCCGGAUCCGAACAGAUAUCGGGGAGUCUUUCCGACCGGUAGCUCAUCCAAAUUGGGUUCGAGCAGCUUAUGGUGUUUCAUGGGCCUACCUUAUUGGUGAUGUCACACAUGAGGGAUACAAGGCGUACUGCAGGAAUCAGGAGGUUUUGCACCCGGAGCUUCCGCGUGAAGCAAUGCACGAUCGAUACAAUGAUGCAAAGACGGAUCUUAAGAUAGUUGCCAAUGAUGCGGCGGUGUCACUGAAGCCUCGUCAAGUAGCACCAUUGGAAGAUUAUCGGACAGUGAUGGCACAACGAGCCCUAUUUCAAGGAAUCGCUUCUAUGGGUCUACCCGCCUUUACCAUUCAUUCCAUCGUGCGGUAUUCCGGUAAAUAUAUGAGAAAUGUCAAAAACGUAAAGCUCAGGACAUGGGGCCCAAUAGGUUUGGGACUAGCAGCUGUACCCGCCUUACCAUUCUUGUUUGACAAGCCUGUCGAGGAAGCAGUUGAAUUUGUGUUCCAUAAAGGUUUUGAGACUCUCGGUGGUAAGUCUGCCGUCGGUAAUGCACCCGUUACUGGUCGGGAACACUUGUUGGAGCGACCCGAGAAAAAGGUGAAGAAGGAAAAGGAAUUAUAA